AUGAGGAGCUUUCUCAGUUUCAUCCUCACUCGGCGGCGCGCUAUGAAUAAGGCGCUUCUCACGGCGGUUUUUUAUGACCUAAUCGACGACGCGAAAGUUAUAGCGAGAAGUGUCUCCCCAUCCUCGGCUCGGGUCGACGGGCUAGACUCGCUCGCCGUGGCGUUUCUCUCCCCUUACGCCUCGGAGCGCAUGCAAAAGUGGUUGCUCGAGAGCGGAUGCGACCCGUUCGUCGAGCUCGAUGACGGCGUUUCGGCGGCGACGAUCGCGUGCGCGGACUCAAAAGUAUCCGAAGACGUCAUCGAUUUGAUCAUCGCCAGCGCGGGUGACGACGUGGCACGUCGGAUGGUCUUGGUCAACUGCGCCAGAUGUCACGUCAAUCGACACGACUUGUUGGCAAAGCUCAUGAACACGUGCGACGCGGACGACGACUCGACGUCUGAGGUCGUUGAGCGCGAGAUAGCGGACGUACACUGUGGCUUCGCAGCGCCAUUGGGUCGAUGGAACGAGCGAUGGCUGAGAUCAAUCACGAUUUCUGACGGGACGCGAACGCCUCUGCAUUUGGCGGCUUUCGUUGGCAACGCCGAACCGUUUCAACACCUCGACGGCUUACCAAACUCCACCAUAAACGUUCUCGAUAGCAUGGGUAGGACGCCGUUGAUGUACGCGAUUGAUGGAGGACAAAGUCGCGAUUUCAUUCGAAUGCUCGUGCGCGAUUUCGGGGCGAAUGUGAAUUUAUCGGGCGCUCACGGGACAGCUCUCUUACACGCGUGUCGUCGAGGCGAAGCCACCAUCGUGGAGGAAAUUUUGUGCGCACCGGGAGGGGUCGACGUGCAGAAAGCUCAAUUUGCGCUACAUACCGCGUUCGGGUUCUGCGCGGAGGUGCGAACGAUCGAGAUCUUGUGCGACGUCGCUGGAUUGGACGCGCUGAAAUUCGAUCCGGUGCACGGAUGGCCGCCGGUCUUGUUCCUCGCGGAUGCCAUCGCCAGAGACCACAAGAGACAACCAGGACGCGGCGACGUCUUAAGAGAACGAAUGAUCGUGUUGGGAUACGCGCUCUCGUUACACGCGCAAGCCAGGGAUUUCGAGGUUCGAUGCGCGAGUGGACAAACGCUUCUCAUGCUCUCGUGCGCGCACGACUGUGCGCCGCUCGUGCGACGCGUCCUGGAGCUCGCGCCGUCGCCCGAAAAUCUUGCCGCGCUCAUUGACUCAAAGGGCCGAACCGCGUACCACUGGGCGUGCGCCAGGUGCGCAAAGAACGCCUUGGAAGUCCUUCGCGACUUUGGUUUACUGCACGAGCGACUUCGAUCCGUCCGCGACUUUGAGGGCGCCACCGCGGAGGACCUCCUCCUCACCGACGGCGCCGUCAUCCCACAGCAGAAACACCGCUCGUGGCCCGAACCCAUCGACGUCGACGACGCUAUCGACGAAGACCGCAACGUCAACGUCGCCGCCCGCCUCGGCGUCGCGCACGCCAAGUGUUCCGCCGUCUUCGACGUCGACGCGCUUCCUCGAAAACCGCGAACGUGCGCGUGCUGCUUCGCUCUCUCCCGCAAACCAAUGCGAUGUUCCAGGUACGCAUCGAAAGAACGUCUCUUCGCUCGAAUUAACGCUCCGCUACGUGCUAUCGUCGAAUUCGCGCAGGUGCAAAUCCGAAAUCUACUGCUCCGCGCGAUGUCAGCGCCUCCACUGGCGCGAGCACUCCAGCGCGUGCGUCGACGCUCGCGGUCCGACUUUACGAGAAGUGCUCGCGGCGACGCCUCCGGUGUGAUGGUUCACUUGGCGCUCGCGCGUUCGAGCGCGUCGACGCGGUCGGCGAGCGUCGCGCAGCGCGCGGCGAGUCUUUCGUGGCUCGCCAGCACGUCUUUGCGAACGACGAAGAACCCGGCGGCGGAGGCGCACGCGAAGCCGACGGCGAAGCUCGACGCGCGCGCUGCGAACAUGUCGAGUCCGGUGCGGCGAACGCGGCGCGGAGUGGCGCCGAGGCGGGGGCGAUCGGGCGAGAAGAGGCGAGUCGGAACGCCGUCGACGCGUGAGGCGCACGUCGCUCACGACUGUCUCUUCGUCGCGGUAAUAGCUAUGAUUCGUUUUCAUCAUCACUAA